AUGACUUAUGGUAGAAAUGACAUAGCUAAAACUUUAUAUUAUAGAGCUGUAAGAGAAUGUCCAUGGUCAAAAGAUCUUUAUAUAAUGGCAUUUAGAAAGUUACGUAGUUUAUUCAUUAUAGAUGAAUUGGAAGAAGCUAUGAAUGUAUUGUAUGAAAAAGAAAUUAGGUUAAGAGUUUCUAUAGAUAAAUUUGAUGAUAAUUUGAGGAUUGAUAAUUAA